AAGCCCAGCAGCGUCGAAAAGAUGGUUGACUCUUUGGCGACCAUAGUCUUGCUUUCCGGGCCCAUUUCUGUACAAGCUUCCUAUUAAAGUGAUGCCUUCCAGUGGAUUGAUCACUUCUAUCUCGCAGGACCGCAACCAAAUAUUCAAAUCACAGUUAGGAUACGCCAUGGAUGUUGGGGGAUUGGUCGUCUUCAAGUCGGUUGGUCCAUUGCUGCCGUCCGGAAUCGCUUCGUGGCCGUACGAUUCUUCGAUGACAGUUGUUCCGGAAUUCUUCUCGUGUUCUGCGAUCGACCAAAAAUGAAAAUUUUCACAAACGUCUUUCAGCGUGCCUUCAAACAAACUCGUUUUUUUAGUAGCUAUAUUUGCCUUUGUUUUGACGCGCUGCAUUUCAUAAUGUCCCAAGUUGCCACAAGUAACGUGAUAAAUGAUGAUCGCGACUGUGAACUGUCAGCUUGGCACUCCUUGCAAGUUCAAAAAGAAAGAAUCGCACAAAUCCGUCGAUCGCACGAAAACCGGAUUGGCAACAUUUCGGACAACCCUUCAGUAGUGGGAUUUUUGAGUUUGACAGAACGUUUGUCUAGAAUCGGCGCUGGAAAAUGUCACCUUCGUUGGUUCGUUCUACGUUGUGUUUCCGGCACCACCAACAAUUAACACAUUUUGUACGUAAUUAAUAUGUUUAAACGUUCAUUUAAUAUAGAAUUUUGUUACUUUUUUGAGUUGCAAUACAUAAUUGCUUUGCUUCCAAGAUUGUUGUCAUGGUCCAUUUGGCGUUGCCAUAGCAACGCGCAAUAACAUCAUAACAAACCUGCGGUAGUCAGUGUUUGAUUCAGUGAUUCGUUACUUUAGCAAGAUGAAGCCUGAAGACAGAUUGCAAAUUUUACCCUCCUCGCCCAUUUCAGUGCUUGAGAGCACUCGUAAAGACUUUGAAGUUCUACUGCUGGGAAGUGCAAAUUCGUCUAGCGAAGAAGUUCAGGAAAGAAAAACAAAACAGACGAAUCAAUCCAAGAGGCAUCGAUUCAAGAAACAAGAAAAACACCGUAACAGUGUUAAAGAACACGUAGAGCUACGUGAGCUUUCUUCCGUGCAAAACAAAACUAUCAUCAAUGUAGGCCUUCAACAAAAUUUUGUGAAAGUGAAAUCCCAUACCAACCCCUCUUUUUGGUACGAAGAUGAGCAGCAGAAUGAAAUGAGCAGCUGCUCCAGCUCUUUAAAUUCUGAAAAGCUUAAGAAAGUGAAAAGUUCCAGUAAUUCUCCAGAACUUGUGCAUUCAUCUUCAGUUGAGCGAGCAACCAUACACCAUGGAAGAAGGGCUUCACCAGCAAUAACAAACAGCAGUGACGAUGAAAAUAAUAGUGACAAUGUUUUAAGUGUGGUACCUUCUGGUGGUAGCCAACACACAAGAACUUCAAUUUCUUCAUCUCAUCCAGGAAAGAUAAAUUCUAAUAAAGAAAGUCACAAGAAUAGUAGACAAACAUCAGUGAAGAACCUGUACAGUUCAGCAAGUUCAUCAUCAGAUCACAAUAUAGAAGAAGAGAACAGUGCUGGUUAUCAAGAAUCGAAUAAAAAUCUGUCAUUGGAGCACAGUAUCUUGAAAAUUGUUGUCCACCAUUGUGACAGAUUGAUUUUAGAUCAACCUAAAAGUCAACCACUGAUUGUGGUCCAUGCCGUCAAUUGCAAGACAGGUCGUUACAUAGUGCACAAUAAGGUCCCCGUUUCACCGCAAUUUACAGGAUCAUGUAUUGCCCAUAGUCCUCAUCAAGUCUCCAAUAAGUCCAAUGCUCUGCCGGAAUGGAAUCAAGAAAUGGUUUUUGACUUGGAUGCAGACAAAUAUUUAUCAGAAAUCCUUUUCUUAUUCGAAUUAGUGAGUGAACCCAACACGACAGUUAGCUCUUUAUUGGCUUGGGGGUUUUUGCGCCCCAUGUCAAGAACUGGCGUCAAACAAAUAAGCAAGAAACUUCAACUUCAGCUGUAUAAAACGCCUGCGCGUCGCUUAUUCGGACACGCAACACAUAGGCCGACUAUUAGCGACCUCUUCAAUUGGUUUAAUAGCGCAGAGAAAGAAAAGUAUCCAGCAACUCUUUACGUCACAUUGCUAUCUUCCGGCAGUUCUAAAAGUUCAACCGUCACGAAGGAAAGUCGAUUCAACGUAACCAGUCCAUUACGAGGAGGCCGGCUCAGCGGACAGCCAUUCAAACUUCCCACCAGACGAGGCUUUACAUUCGAGUCUGCUGCGGCAGGAGCCUUAAUUGCCUGUUACCGCUCAGAUGGAUCAUCUUUAGCCUUUGCUUUGUCAACUGGAGAUAUCAUGGUGUAUCAAAACUCAGUUAUUUCUUUGCAUCUAAAAGGACAUCAAGGCAAUGUGUAUGAUCUUGAAUGGAACAAGAAUGAAGGCGGGGACGGUUGGUCUUUACUUUCCUGCGGUGCGGACUGCACUGCUCGAGUUUGGAACGAUUCCAAUGACGUGGUUUUGCCUCAUCCAGCUUACGUGUACAGCGCCCGUUUCGGCGAAUCCGACGACCGUGUAGUCACUGGAUGUUUCGAUCAGCUGAUACGGUUAUGGGAAUUGAAUUCAUCGUCACCUCGUCUAAUAAGCACCUAUGUCCAGCACAGGGCACCGAUCAACAGCCUCUGCUGGGACUCCCAUGGAAGAUUAUUUAGCGCAGAUGCGAAAGGUUCCAUUUGUGUCUGGAACUCGACCAUUUCUGGCUUAUAUUUUGAAAAGAUCCUCAACGAAUCUAGUGAAGAAUAUCGCAAUGAAACUCCCAUAAACUGCCUCUGCUUUCAUCCUUCUGGAGGCAGAUUACUAGUCCACUACAGAGGAAGUAAGAUGUGUUUACUCGAGCCAAAGUCGGGUCUUAAAUUGAUUUCGUACAGUGGCAUCUAUAACCCAAGGCUGAGACUGGCAAGUAGCAUCAGCCCGUGCGGUGGUUACGUGAUAUCCGGCAGUGAGGAUGGUUCUGUUCACUGGUUUGAUUUGGAGCGGGGUGAUCUUGUAGCCGUUACAACCUUGCCCACGUCUACAAUUGAUCCCGUCAUGGCGGUCGCUUUCCACCCCACUUUUCACGCCAUAGCCUUGUGUUCAUUGAGCUCGGAAUGUUGUCUUUCAGUUUUGGAAUUUAACGCAGCCGAUACUGGAAUUGAAGGGUUUUCCUUGAUAACAUUUCCUCGUACAGUGCAAAGCGCCGUUUCCCCGAUCGAGAAUAUUUCAAAGAAUAAUAUCUCACAAGGAAGAAAUUGCACACCUACGCUGGAUAAAUUAGAAAGAAUUUUCAAAAAACUUGAUCUAGUCAUGGCCUGGUCCGACUCGCAUAAAAAAUCGUUGGGAAAAUAAAAUGUAAUUCGUGUUUCGUUGGUUUCAAAUUAAAAACUACCACCUGGUAAGCUCUGGUACCGCAAUCUGAUGGCGACUUGGAAGAAUACAGAAAGUACUUCAAC